ACUCGCUCAAAGAGGACGCGGGCUGCAGAGAGCAGCUCACGCGGAGUCAUUUCAUCAUCGAUUCCGAUCCCAGGAUGGACACCAUGCAGUCGACGACCCGCAGGACAGCCACCGGUACGAGGCGCCCCGGAGCCGUGAGCUGCAGCUGGGGGACCGAGCUGUGGGACCAGUUUGAGAACCUGGAGAAACACACCAGUUGGGGCAUUGAUUUCCUGGAGCGCUACACCAAGUUUGUGAAGGAAAGGGCCGAUAUUGAACUCAGCUACGCCAAACAAAUCAGGAAUCUUUCUAAGAAGUAUCAAGCCAAGAAGAACUGCAAGGAAGAAGAAGAGAGCAGGUAUUCCUGGUGCCGCUCGUUCGGGUCCACGCUGAGGGAGCUCAACGACUACGCCAGCCACCGCGAGGCGCUGGCCCAGAACCUGCACGCCUACAUCGUCAGCGAGCUGGUGCGCUACACGCAGGACCUGAAGACCGAGAGGAAAUCACAUUUCCAAGAUGGGCGGCGAGCCCAGCAGCACAUCGAGAACUCGUGGAAACAGCUGGAGUCGAGUAAACGACGGUUCGAGCGGGACUGUAAAGAGGCGGAGCGCGCCCAGCAGAACUUUGACAGGAUUGAUACGGACAACAGCAAAGCAGAUGGAGAAAAGCGAUGUUCCCUAAAGGCUCGUCAGACAGCUCAGCAGAAGCAGCAGGCGGCUGAGGACUCCAAGCAAGACUACACGACCAGCCUGAAGCAGUUCAACCAGGACCAGCAACAGCACUACCACACACUGGUACCAGUUAUAUACCAGCGUAUCCAAGACAUGGAGGAGAGGAGGAUAGACCGACUUGGGGAGUCGAUGCGCUCGCUUGCGGAGGUGGAGCAUAAGGUGUUGCCCAUCAUCAGCAGAUGUCUGGACGGGAUGACGCACGCUGCGGAGAGCAUACAGUCCCGGGUGGACAGCCAGCAGGUGGUGGAGGUGUUCAAGACGGGCUUCGAGCCUCCGGGAGACGUGGAGUUUGAGGACCACAGCGCCCCCAUGAGGCGAAGCAUCUCCGAGUCCAGUUACCUUGACAACCGAGCCGAGCAGAGACACACAAGGCGCAACAGCCGAGGAAGACUCUGGCCCUUCAUCCGCAAGAACAAGCUGAUGAGCCUUCUCUCCUCCCCACAUCAGCCACCACCUCCUCCACCCACCUCCCCAUCCCCAGGGGGCGAAACCAGCAGCCCACAGUCCCCGCCUACUUCCGCCCGGGAACCAAUCACGCAGCGACUCAACGACCUCAUGAGCUCCGGCUCCAGAACCCGAAAACAGUGUCUUCGCAGCCUGAAGAGAGGGCUGUCACUCAAACUGGGCUCUGGCUCAGAAGACUUCAGUCACCUCCCUGCAGAACAGAGGCGUAAGAAACUUCAGAACAGGAUCAGCAGCAUCGGUGUGGAAGUCCAGAGAGAGAGAGAACAGAGAGAUGCUCUGGCUAAGCUGCGGGAGGUGUACCAGAGGAGCCCUGAGAUGGGCGACGCCAGCAGCCUGGACUCCCAGAUCGAGGAAGCCAGUCAGAGGCUGGACCGCCUGCAGAAGGAGCUGCACAGACAUCAGGGUUGGUUGCAGGAGACGGAGAGCAGGCUGGUAGAUCACGGCGGCAGGCGUCAGAGUGGAGGUUGUGGGUUUGAGUCCCAGGCCACAACGCCAGGCAGUAGCAGCCUGGGUCACCUGGAGAACCUCAACCACCAGGGUCCUUCCAGCCGAGAGAGUCCCGACGGCAGCUACACAGAGGACAACACCGCGGAGCUCCAUUUGAAGUCUCGCAGUUCAGAGUUUGACGAUGACUUUGACGAAGAUGAGCCCUUGCCCAGUAUAGGCACCUGCAAGGCCCUCUACCCCUUCCAAGGUCAGAACGAGGGCACCAUCUCCAUGGUGGAGGGCGAGUUGCUGUCGGUGGUGGAGGAGGACAAGGGGGACGGCUGGACCCGAGUGAGGCGGGACCAGGACGAGGAGGGAUAUGUGCCCACCUCCUACAUUAAAGUCUUCCUGGAUAGCAACGCUAAAGGCUUCGAGCAGGCUAGUCGGCUAGUCUAGUGCUAGACUGGUAGUGACCAGUAGGCGGAGCUGUGGAGAGAGGAUGACUUAACCACAACAGGAAGUGAUUCGUAAAGAAUGAGAGAAUGGAGGAGUUCUGGUAAAAAAAAAAAGUUUCAUGGACAUUAAUACACACAUUGUUUCAAGAAUUCCUUACGCAGAUUGCCAAAUGUUUGGAUGUCGAAUUCAGACAAACUUAAAGGACUUGUUGUUCCUGCAACCACACGAGCCCCGAAGAAACCAGAGGAAUCGCUCCUCUCUUUCUGAGACGGAUCUCAAAGGAGGCCGGAGGCGAGGAUAUUACAUAUUUUCAGGGAAGACGAAAAAUGUGUUUCCAUAGCAAUGUCAUUGCCGGUGUGUGUUACCACGGUAACCACUACAUCACAUGCAAAGUAGAGGUAUACUGCUGCCUUGCAACUUUAGGUCUACAUUUUCCCCUCUUCGGCAUAAUUAAUUUGGGUUGUUUCCAUAGUGAUUGUCUCCUUGGUUACAGUACAAUUGUCAACCCUCCUACUUUCCUUUAUGCCUUUGAACGCACCCGUCCUGUCUACCUGAUUGUCUACCUGUCCGUCUGUCCGAGUGUCACUGAGCCUUGCUAUUUGUUUACUAUUAGUGAGAGAAUACGGAACAUCUCAAAGGUCAAAACUAGCAAUGUUAAGAAAUUCUGGGUCAGCAAGACUCUUCUGCCAUGUUUAACAGAAUGCAAACAAAAUGGCGCCUAUCCCAUGUUAAACCCAUUCAACGGAUGGAUCAUAUCUAACGUUAGACAGAUCAAUUAGGGAUCCUACGUGAAGCAGAUGCAACAUGGAUCCUCUACCUUGUCCACCAGAUCCAACAUGGAUCCGGAGUCUGUCGUAGUGUAAAAUAGAGCCGUGGCAAAGUGAAACAGCAGUAUUAAUGUGUUACUUUUUAAAUGUAUUUACUCCAAUGUAUUGUUAAUGUCAAGCUUAAUCAAAGUAGAAAGGCCUACAGUGAAUGCAAGAUGGCUGCUAUAGAAAUGUUUUACCCUUUGGACCUGCUAAUGCUUUCAGAGAAAUUUCCCGAGAAGGGUGAGAAAAGACAGACCAUGAUGUCAAUAUCUGAAAACUUUAAAGACGUUCAAGGGCCUCAAGAGGCACUGGAGAAGCUGUCUCCUCAUAGUAGAUGAUGUUCCUAUUAGCCGUGUAUUCCAUAGGAUCCAAUGUUGUUGAUUCACGAGUGAAAUGUCAAACAUUAUUCUAUCGACAACUUGAAGGCUCAUGGCUAUAAUUUGGUGGAUUGUAAAAUAUAAAAACUGCUUGUUUAUUUGUUAAUUUUUUUAUUUUUUACAUUGUUUACUGGUAUGUAGAAGUGGGCUUUUUUGAAGUUUGUGGAUGUUUCCAAUUUUCAACUAAACUAAACU